AUGGGUUGCACUUCAAGUAAAAAUUUUGCACCCCAAGACUUGACCGAAAUCAAUUCCCCGAAAAAAUGCUGCCCAUCCUGUAAUCAACAAUACACUCAACGUGGAUGGUGUCAGCCAUGCGAGGCAAAACGAUUCAAAGAGGAUUUUCAUAAUUGGACGAGUGGAAAUAACGAAUUGGAUCAGUUCAUAAGACUUACGCAAUUAAAUGCGACGGCGCCCCAGAUGUUUCUUGAGUGGAUACCAUAUGAUAAAUUCGAGAAGAUUAAGGAGAUUAAAAGAGGAGGUUUUGGAAUUGUGUAUAGGGCAACUUGGGAUCUUGGACCUAAACAGUAUUGGGAUAAUAAAAAGGGUUGGGUACGCGAGGGUGAAAAGCAAAUAUCCCUUAAAAGAUUAUAUGAUUCAGAGAAGGCAGAUUCCAAUUUUUGGAAAGAG